AUGUCAACUAAUUCAACAACAACCAUGUCAACUAAUUCAACAACAACAACCAUAUCAACUAAUUCAACAACAACAAUGUCAACUAAUUCAACAACAACAACUAUGUCAAUUAAUUCAACAACAAACAUGUCAACUAAUUCAACAACAACCAAAUCAACUCAUUCAACAAAGUUAAGAACAACCAUAACAACUAAUUCAACAACAACCAUAUCAGCUCAUUCAACACAAACCAUGUCAACUUAUUCAACAACAACCAUGUCAACUAAUUCAACAACAACCAAAUCAACUCAUUCAAAACAAAUCAUAUCAACUAAGUUAAGAACAACCAUAACAACUAAUUCAACAACAACCAAAUCAACUCAUUCAACACAAACCAUGUCAAAUAAUUCAACAACAACCAUGUCAACUAAUUCAACAACAACAACCAUGACAACUAAUUCAACAACAACCAUGUCAACUUAUUCAACAACAACAACCAUUUUGUGCAUUCUGCUGUUAUUAGAAUUAUUAGCUUUAAGCAUCAUAUUUGAUUGA